AUGGUGACGGAUGUGCAGGUCGCUGGACCUUCGAGAGCUCCGACGUCCCGUUCUAAUCGGCGCCCUUCGACUUCUCCGGACCACCGACGACGACCCGACAAUAUCAAUAAAGCAGGACGCAUUGGUGGAGCACCUGCCUCUGCUUCGUUUCUGAGGCUCGACACAGACGCGCCCGCUGUCCUACAAGCUUUCUCCCGUGGAGCAGCCGAUUUACAGGUUGCGCCAUUGAAUUUCAAUCGACGACAUCGCCGCAAGAGCCAGAGUAUGACGAGGAUUGAGACGGAGAUGACGGAUUACAAACGAGACGCGGCGCGCACCUUCGACGCGUCUGUGAUGCACGUUCCUCAAGCACAUUAUCUGCAAGGGAGUAUCGAACCCUGUAUUACGCGACGUCAAAGUCUGCCUGAUACUUCCCUGUCAUCAGAGGCGGGGGAUGGAAGUUUGAAACGCCUCCCGAGACCGCUACCCCCAGUACCUCGAGAGGUCUCCCGACCUGGCUCCCCAGCUUCGUCGAUUUCUUCCUUCAGUUCUGCUAGUUGCCCUCGACCUCUGCCUACUCCUCCAAAUCAGUCUCCUGCCAAUGCGAUCUCUCCAAUCACUUUUACACCAGCUACUCCUCUAACGUCCCCGGACGACACGUUUCCUGUGCUCUCUACACCACCUCGUACGACUAAGAAGCUUCUCGUACCUCCGUGCUCACCACCCGAAACGGACCCGGCAAACGCAGCCCCGCUCUCCCCCCUCUCAAUUAUCACAGACCUCUCAAACAUUUCCCGUGCGACGUCUGGUGUAAGUCCUCGCAGCCCGCGCGGAACAGGCCCUGCAGCACGCAAGCGUCACCAAAUACACGCGUCCCCUUACAAAUUAGCUCGUAACCCAACGCGUUUCAGCACAACUUCUCUUUCUUCUCAAAUAUCUGUCCCUCCCGUCCCACCAGCCGCAGAACUACGUCGACGGAACCGCGACAAGAUGGCAAAGCUCAUUCGCGUACUCGGUGAAAGUCCCCCCACCGAACUCGUAUUCCCCACAGAAUACGACGAUCGUACCUCUUCCGAUUUCGGAAAAGGAAAACGAGGAGGAAGAGGAAGAAGAGGGGGAAGGGAAUCUACAGACACGAUUAAGGAAGAACCCGCAGAGUUCCACGUUCCGAAAGUCCUAGAACCCUUACGUCGAAGUCUGAGCCUUAACGAUUCGUCAAGUAGCGUCUUCGGCAAGAUGAAGAAAUCCCUCUCUGACCCUGAUGCAGGUCACGGCGUCCGCGUACAGUCUCCCACGGCUCCAACCUCAACAACAACUUCCUCUCGCCUAAAUCUCAAUCCGCCUUCUUCGUUCCUCCGGUUACGAACGAAAAAAGGAAGAGCAGACAUCGAUAAAGCGCCUCGAUACGUCGUUUCGUUAUUCGGUACAGCUGAGUCAGGGGCUGCUUCGACGACGACGACGUCUGAUGGAACCGGAACUGGGACUGGGACUGGGACUGAGAGGUUGACGUUCAAGUUGAAUGCAGCUACGCCGAAGAUGAAGCCUACAGGCUCGUAUUUACGUGGAGCGUAUAAGACGGAUGCGAAACCUGUUGAGGUGAAACUUCCGCCUUUGCCUUUACCGACUAUGAACCCGUCUCUUGAUUCAUUGGGUUCGAAGCAUUGGAUUAGGGAGACGGGGGAGAGCAGGUGGGAGGUUGAUGAUUAUGAGAAUGUUGUUAUGAGUUUGAGGAAGUUGUGA